UCUCUGCUUUCAGUUUCGAAUGAGGUCCCGGAGCACCCUUGUGUCUCUCCAGUCUCCAACCACGUGUUUGAGCGGCGGCUCAUUGAGAAGUACAUUGCGGAGAAUGGGACAGACCCCAUCAAUGGGCAGCCCCUGUCUGAGGACCAACUCAUCGACAUCAAAGCAAGCCAUCCUAUCAGACCAAAGCCUCCCUCAGCCACCAGCAUCCCAGCAAUCCUCAAAGCUCUACAGGAUGAGUGGGACGCAGUGAUGUUGCACAGCUUCACACUCCGGCAACAGCUGCAGACCACACGCCAGGAGUUAUCUCAUGCCCUUUACCAGCACGAUGCUGCCUGCAGGGUCAUCGCACGUCUGACCAAGGAGGUGACUGCAGCUCGAGAAGCUCUGGCAACGCUGAAGCCCCAGGCUGGUUUGGCCGUGCCCCAGGCACCACCAGUUACUCCUGCUGCAACUCCUGGCGCAGGGGAACCGAUGGAGGUCGGGGAGCAGGUCGGAAUGACUCCAGAGAUCAUUCAGAAGCUUCAAGAUAAGGCAACUGUGCUGACCACGGAGCGUAAGAAGAGAGGCAAAACUGUCCCUGAGGAGCUGGUGAGGGGUGAAGAUUUCAGCAAGUAUCGGCAGGUUGCCUCCCAUGUGGGUCUGCACAGUGCCAGUGUCCCUGGCAUCCUGGCUCUCGACCUUUGCCCCUCAGACACGGCCAAAGUGCUUACUGGCGGAGCUGACAAGAAUGUGGUGGUGUUUGACAAGAACUCCGAGCAGAUCCUGGCCACGCUGAAAGGUCACAGCAGGAAGGUGACGAGUGUGGUGUACCAUCCCAGCGAGAACAUCGUCUUCUCAGCUUCCCCCGACACAACCAUCCGCAUCUGGUCGGUCUCCAGCACGUCCUGUGUGCAAGUGGUCCGGGCUCACGAGGGCUCUGUCACUGGCCUCAGUCUCCACGCCACCGGGGACUACCUGCUGAGCGCUUCCGAUGACCAGUAUUGGGCAUUCUCUGAUAUCCGUACCGGCCGCGUUCUCACCAAGGUCACAGAUGAAGCUGCUGGCUGUGCCCUGACCUGCGCCCAGUUCCACCCUGAUGGCCUCAUCUUCGGCACAGGAACCAUUGACUCACAGAUCAAGAUCUGGGACUUAAAGGUAAGUCAGACUCGUCCCUGUGGGAUCGAUGUAAGACAGCAAUGUCAGCACACAGCAGCUCGACCCCUCCCCUCGCUCCUGAUCGGCUCAGUCCUCUUGUUAUGUU